CGUGGUGAAAUGACAUCGACGUCGUAAAAAUAGCGACGUGGGCUAGUCAGCUUUAAUCCCGUAGUAUAGGGUACACAGGCUGCUGAACUAGUUCAUCCGACGGUGCUAGACGAGCACUCAGGUUUAGUCGACGACACGAGUAACACGCGACUGGCGCGAAAGUGCAGCCGACUCUGGUGACGCAGCGCGAGUGGCUCUGUAAACGCCGUACCAGUCGGAGGAGAACAAAAAAUCCGCGCAGCGUCGAGGGGGGCUACGCCAAGGGAGGGGUGGCGAAGCGCGCCGAGAGUAGCCCUGUCCGCAUCGACGGCAGAGCGGCGCGCAGUACGCGGGCAGUCGAGCGCGAGAGCGGUAAAGGGCCGAGGAGAGCACUCGCGGGAGGGGGAGGCGGGUCGGGAGGGGGGCUAGUAGCGGACGCGAGGGCGUGAAGCCACCGCGGGGAGCGAGUCUGGCGGCGUGCUCCCCGCCGCAUGCCCGCCACCAUUUGAAAUGGACGGAGCAGCAGCACCAGCAGCAGCAGCAGCAGCGUCGUCCGCCUUCUCCCUGCCGCACUUCUACAACUACCCGCCGUAUUUCACGCUGCAGCCGGUGCGGGCGACGCGGGAGCGGCAGGUGCGGCUGUGGGCGGACCUCAUCGUGGCGUACUGCCGCCAGCACCGCAUGUGGGUGGUCAGCACCGACGACUUCCCGCUCUUCCACAACGUCGCCAUUGAACGCAAGCUGACCUUUGAGGCGCGGCAGCUCUUUCUCGACACGCUUGUGGCAGAAGGGCGCGCGGAGUGGACGGAUCGCAGUCGCACGCGGUGCCUCAUCCUCUGGAAGGCCAUCGCCGACUGGGCCGACACGCUGCUGCACUUCGUGCGGGAGAACGGGUUUGGGGAUUCUGUGUUGACGCUGCAGGAGAUACGGUCAGGCGACGACACGAGAGGGACGGACCUGGAGGGCAUUGACGACGCGGUGCUACGGAGGGCUGUCAGAGUGCUGGAAGGGAAGGGCCUCGCCACGCUCUUCAAAGGCUCCUCCUCUGAUGACGAAGGGGUCAAAUUCUUUGCCUAGCUGCUGCAUUCCGCCUUCACUUCCUGACGCCCCACCCCUGUCCAUGGCUUACCGUAUCCCCCCGUAUAUAACACCCGCCAAAAUAGGGAACCCAUGGGCGGUUUAUGCGGACCUGAUCUUAUGACGUGGUUUUUUAUGAGACCUAUUUUUCCAACCAUGUAUUAUACAUUGUUGGAAAUGAUAAAGAGGCAACUUAUGC